AGUAACUUUUUUCCGCUUUUUUUCUUCGUAGAGUAAUUUUGAAUCACUCAUUUGCCUGUACGAGAUUUAAAAAUCCCCACAUUUUGAGAGACUUUGAGUUUCGAAUCUGUGAAAAGAAAAGAAAGGUCAGCGCGGUAAUGCCAAAAAUAUUAUCAGCGAGCAACGAAACUCGCGUAUGGACCACAAGCUUCUUCGCAGAAAACACUUUACUUGGUCCUUUGCAAGGAGAAGCAACUCAGUCGAAUGAGGGGGUUCAGUUUUUGCGUACUCCUUCGGCACAAUUCAAGACCUCAGACAGAAGAAACGUUAUCGAACACGAUUUGUCACUAGGCGACUUUUCGUGGAUGUCUGCUGUACAUCCGGCGCGUUCCGAGAUGGAACAGAACCUGGAAGUGAUACGAUCUCCAGACGAUGAUAAAAUCUACUUCCGAACAACGAGAGACAUAUCGUCUGGCGAAGAGUUUCAAGUGUGGCUGGCUCCGUCUUUGGAGGAAGAACUUGGACUGCAGAACGUUGAAAAGGAGGAAUUUGAAGACAGUCAAUGGAUCUGCGGUUUCUGCAAAAAGAUCUUUCGAUGUUCUAAAGCUCUUUCCGUUCAUCAAAGUUAUCAAUGCAAGGAACUGGGUUCCAGCGUCACCUUACGGAAAGAAAACAGUGUGAAGACUGUGGACAGCGAAGGUGAUGAAGAUUUAGAAGAUGAAGAAGAAGGGGGAGAAGAAGAAGAAGAAGAAGAAGAAGAAGGAGACGAAGAAGGGGAUGGUGAUUAUGAUGAGGACGAUUUGCUGAAUAGAAAUUCACCCAAGCAAUCCCUGAAAAUUAAACAAAACUCGCAGCAUCAAGAGGAAAAAUCGAAGUCGAGGAAACGAACUGACGAUCGAAGUCAUUCGAGUGCGGACAAUAGCCAGCGGAGAUGUUUGGUGGGAGCAAGUGCUCCGAUGAUAACCGAGGAAACGUCGGUCGCUUUCGGGAAUGGUCGUGUCUUGUCGAAUCCAGCGUUAGAGAGUCUAAUUUCGAGUUUUACACCGCCUCCCUUGCGAAAGUUUUUGAACGAACCUCAGUCGUUGGCUGAGUAUCAUAAGCAAGAAUUCCGAAAGAAGUUUCAAGGAAACGAACACUAUCUUCGCAGGCAUCUUUAUCGUGAAAAUAUGGAAAGGAAAUUAGCUUCCGCCAAACAUCGGCGCUUAUUAGUGAGAAAAGAUGACGAAUAUUCAUUAAAAAGAGACAAAGACAGGCUAAGUGUAAAAAGAGAGGAAGGUAAUCUUAUAAACUGUUUUCAAGAAAGUUAUAUCCAAGAUUUGCAUAAACGUAGCACCAUUCUACCAACAUUUCCAGAAGGAGAAAUUUUCAGGAACCCGAUUGUUAAGAGUACUUCUGGUCAAUUUAACUUGCGGGAUGGAAAUUUCCCAUUAAAUGUGUCAGCUUUUAAAAAUUAUUCCAAUAUCAGGAGCUCAGUAGGACCAAAGGAACUGACAAAUAACAACAGGGUUUCUGUAGCAAACGGAAAUGAUGUUCUGCGGCGCGGGGAUGAGGUUUAUUUGCCAAGUGAAGCAGAUCGCGAAUGCACUUGUGAACAUAACAACGACGCUCAGGACAUUUCACAGCAAAAAAAAAGCUCAGCUGUGAGCGAUGAAACGACGAAAACUAGAGGGAACGAGGAAAACAGCACGGUGUCAUACAGCGAACAGCUGGAUCAAACAAUUCACCGGCCAGACCACCAAAGCAGAAGACAAGAAUCAGUACGUAAUAGCUACACUCGACUAGGCUCCUAUUUUAUUCACCAGGGAAUGCAGCCGCCUGAUAAUGCACCUCUUCGGCAUCGAAUGCAAUGCCAAUGUUACUCAUCUCCGGUACCAUGUGAGCCAACUGACAAUAUCGCCAGGCGCUUUUACGACCCCGCGUUCUUCGUGGAUCAGAGGUACGGCUAUUCCAACUAUUCGCGCAUGUUCCCAUUCUUUGCGCACCACGCCAGCAAUUUGCCUCAGGCUUCCCAGCGAAACCAAGGUUUCACGUGCGAUUACUGCGGAAAGGUGUACUGCAGGAAGUAUGUACUGAAAAUCCACAUGCGCACGCAUACGGGUUUCAAGCCUUUGCGGUGUAAAGUGUGCGACAAGUCGUUCAGUGAUCCAAGUAAUAUGAAGAAACACGUGAAAUUACACGAGACGGAGGACACUGUACACAAAUGCAGAUAUUGUGGCAGGAACUUUGUACGGUAUAGGGGUCUGUUGAAUCAUAUCAAAUCAAAGCAUUCUGAACAAAUAUCUCUUUAACCUUAUGACUACAGAAGUUUCUAGAAUCAUUAAUCCUAGCUGACAAAGACUUUUGUGCGAUUGGUUUAAAAGUGUCACAUUACCUUAUAGGCCCCUGCUAAAUUUGAGGAAUAUCAGGUAAUAUUCCUUAGGUGAUAUUCCCCAAUUGAGAGACCUUAUACCCUUAUAUCUUUGUUCAAAGUUAACUAGAGAUAAUCGGGAGUUUUGCUGUUAUUACAAAAAAAAGAAGAGACAAACGUGUUUGGUUAUUAGUUCAACAAGGAAACGCGUUAAAUCACCAUUCCAUGAAUAAGAGUUUUUUGACGUUGCGCUGUUUAUUACGCGCGCGGCAAAAUCAUUUAAAGAAUGAUACAUACUGAAGCUCAGUUUUUUCGCUCCUGCGAAGUUGUUAGCUCCACGGAAGGACACUUUCCACAGAUAAAAAUUCAAGCAUAAUUUCAGUCGCACCAAAUAGAGGCUUUUAUUUGUGAACUGCUCUUGAAAAAUAUCAGUUGAUUACCGAGUGAGUAGAUGAUGAGGUUAAGUAGCUUACUCGACAAAACUCUAAAUCGUAUUAAAGGAAUUGACAAAGAGGAAUAGGGGAGCAUAAGGCAAAUCUUCCCGUGGACUUGUGGGUAACAACAAUUAACCAAAGGUCGACCUCGGUUAGGUUCUUAGGUAACAAAUAAAAAAAAAAACCGGUACGUAUCCGUGACUGGGUUUAUCCAGACCGUAGUAUAUUUAGCUCUAACUCCUUACAUUAAGACCUCGAGUUGAUAAUUUUUCUUCUCGAUCGAUAUGCACCUGGUAAUUACGGUGGAAAAUUCUCUUCUAAAUAUCAUUUGGAAGGACUGAUUAUCAGAAAUGUCAAUUUAUGGAGUAGUUUACUCUCGUAGAGCUUAUCGUGCAGGGUGAUUUGUAUCAUUAUCAGUACACUUGGACCUGACACGUUUUCGCUGAUCUUAUUGAUUGGCCUCUAGUAAAAAAAAAAGUUACAUGUUUUUAACAACAAUUAUAAUUGUAUACAAUAUCAAAGCAUGUCCUUGAUUUGGAAAAAUAACUUUAAAUUUUGUAACAGCUACUUGGAAAUGAAAUCACCAAAAUAAUUUCUCAGGAGAAAUUUCGAAACACAUGAUGUAACUCCUGCAAAAUUUUCCUUCUACAAGGUCUAUAAGAUAUUCGGGAAAUUAACGUCGAGUGUACAAGCACACGUUCACCACAUAGGGCAGUUCUGUUUAGACCUCCUGGGUGUAAAACUGCUUGUUAUUACAUCUUACACACAUUUGUGAGGUAUUUGAAGUAUCUGUGGU